AUGUGUAAGUUCUGUGACUUCACGUUUGAGGGCGGAACCAAUCGCUGCGCGAUUCACCUUGCGAAAUGGAAAGGGCAGGAGAAACGCGCUGUCCGGCUUUGCAAGAAGGUGUCCGCGGCAGUCAGUGAAGAAGUGCGCGGCAUGUACGAGGAGAAGGUGGAGAAGCAGGGCGUCAAACGAGGGGCGGCCGCUGCAGCAAUUGACUCCGCGCUGGGCGCGGUCACUGGUUCUUCAGAGAAGAAGGGGAAGAUAACGUCCUUCUUCAGCGAUGAGGCGACGAGCGCCAAGGAGGACGCGGAUAACGCCCUCUGCCUUUUGAUCGCGGCGUUAAGACUUCCCGAGCGCAUCGCGGAUGACCCGGUCUUCCGCUACGCGGUCCAGUGCUUUGCGCGCGCUGGACCGGGGUACGUCCCCCCCAACAGGCGCUACAUUGGAGGGGCGGGCUUGAAGAAGGUGCGGCAGAAAAUGGAGGAGGCGCUCGCCCCCGUUGCCGCCAGCUGGAAGCGGGACGGGGUCACCGUGUCGUCGGACAUGAUGACUGACCGUUGUGGCCGCCCGCAGGCCAACGUGCUCCUUGUCAACGACUCAGGCGCAGUGUUCGAGCAGGCGGUGGACUGCAACAUGGAGUCGAAGACCGGGGGGUACAUCGCCAGCCUUCUCCGCCCCGUCAUUGAUAAGGUGGGGCCGGAGAAUGUGGUGGCGGUCUGCACUGAUGGCGGCAGCAACUAUGCCUCGGCAGCCAAGAAGAUUGCGAGCACAUGGCCGCACAUUGAGCAUGUGCCAUGUGCCACGCAUGUCCUGGACCUGAUGAUGGAAGACGUGGGCAAGAUGGGAUGGGCGAAGGGGCUCGUGGAGAAGGGGGGGAUGAUGAUUACCUUUGUGCGCAACCACCACUUCACCCGUGCUUACAUGAAGAAGGGUGGGGGGAAACAGGUGCUCAAGCCCGCGGGGACCAGGUUCGGGAUGCAGUACAUAGCUCUGUCCCGGCUGUGCGAGGUGCGGGGUGGGCUGGCGCAGAUGGUUCUCAGCGACGAGUGGAAUGAGUGGGCAGUGGCGGACGAGGACAGGAAGACUGCAGCCGAGAAGUUCAGGGCUGCCGUGAUGGAUGAGGAGUGGUGGGGGCUGGCGGUGUUUUUUACCUCUCUCAUGGCGGUGCCGUACAAGGCCAUGCGGGCCACGGACUCCUCGGCGAAGGGGAUGAUGGGUAAGAUGUAUGAUAUCAUGCUACAACUUACCGAGGACAUCAAUGACAAGUUCGACGAGGCAGGGGACUAUUUGACAAGGGCGGAAAAGGCUGAUAUCACCAAGAUUGUGAAGGACAGGUGGGACAACUCACUUGCCUGCCCCAUGCAUGUGGUUGGCCGGAUCCUGAAUCCGGCCAACCAGGUGGAGGGAAUUUUCAGGAACGACGUGGAGUGCACUCGAGUGUUCAAGGCCUACAUCGAGCGCCACUACGACAACAAAACCUUCAGGCGUGGCAAGGAUGGCGCCCCUCGCCGCGCCUCCCUUGUUCUGCAGGAGGCAUUGCUGGCCUACAUCAACAUGGAGGGCAGCUUUGGCACGCCGGCCGCCAUCUCUGCAAGGGAGGCAGUGAAGAAGGGGGAGAUGAGCAUGGUGCAGUGGUGGUCGUGGCACAGCACCGAGUACCCUGAGCUUGCCACCCUCGCAUGCCGGGUGCUCACUCAGCCCGUCUCGGCUUCCCCAUGCGAACGUGGCUGGGCACAGUGGGAAGGCGUCCACACCGCCCGCCGCAACCGGCUUGGGUCCGCCAAGUGUGCGGACCUCGUCUACAUUGCGCACAACUGGAACGUUGUGCGCAAUUGGUACAAGAAGGAUGGGGGCAGCACGGUUGUCCCCGGUAACAUCCCGGAUGCCCCUAUCCCUCGCGGCUACAACAUGGACGAGGAGGAGGAGGAUGACCUGCUGGGGGGGGAAGGAGAGGAUGCAGUUCUGGCGGAUGAGUAUGGGGCAGGGGUGGUGUUGGAAAAGCCCCGCAAGGAACUCGGCUGGACAAGCCUUGUAUCCACCCUCUAUCUGCCUCUUCAUCCCUCAAUUGUUGCAUCUCUUCCUGCCUCUCCCGGGCAGGCACUCCUGCCCCGCCCUUCCCGGUCCUGCCUUUCUCUCCCUCUCGCUCCCUCCCUGUCCGCCUCUCCCUCUCGCUCCUGCCCUGCCCUUCCCCUCUCUCACAGCCUCUCUGCACGCAUGGCGGCUGCUCCGUCCUCUCGCUGCCUCGUUAUCCCUCAAUCAUCCCCGUUGCAUCCCUCUCCCUCUUACUCCUGCCCUGCCCUUCCCCUCUCUCACAGCCUCUCUGCACGCAUGGCGGCUGCUCCGUCCUCUCGCUGCCUCGUUAUCCCUCAAUCAUCCCCGUUGCAUCCCUCUCCCUCUUACUCCUGCCCUGCCCUUCCCCUCUCUCACAGCCUCUCUGCACGCAUGGCGGCUGCUCCGUCCUCUCGCUGCCUCGUUAUCCCUCAAUCAUCCCCGUUGCAUCCCUCUCCCUCUUACUCCUGCCCUGCCCUUCCCCUCUCUCACAGCCUCUCUGCACGCAUGGCGGCUGCUCCGUCCUCUCGCUGCCUCGUUAUCCCUCAAUCAUCCCCGUUGCAUCCCUCUCCCUCUUACUCCUGCCCUGCCCUUCCCCUCUCUCACAGCCUCUCUGCACGCAUGGCAGCUGUUCCCUCCUCUCGCUGCCUCUUUAUUGGCUGCUCUGAUGCCGGGUAA